GCUAGCAGGAACAGCAGCCUGGUGGGGUCCAUCUCGGCUAGACGCGGAUGAUGCCAGAGCUAUGACAGGGAUUGCAGUCUUGGCACUGAGGGGUGAUCAAUUAUGGAACAACUACAGGAGGAAGUACCUGAGGUCAAGGAAGAGGAGGAGGAAGAGGCAGUGAGGGUGGCAAGCGGAGCCUCGGACCCAAGUGGAGGACCAGACAGCUCGCUGCCUUCCAGCAGCUACACAGACCUUUCGCAGAGCUCCUCUCCCUCCCUGUCGGACCAACUGCAGAUGGGCUGCGAGGAGGCGGCCUUGGGAGCGCUGAACGUGGAGUGCAGGGUCUGCGGAGACAAAGCCUCGGGGUUUCACUACGGCGUGCACGCCUGCGAGGGCUGCAAGGGCUUCUUCCGCCGGACGAUCCGCAUGAAGCUGGAGUAUGAGAAGUGCGAGAGGAGCUGCAAGAUUCAGAAGAAGAACCGGAACAAGUGCCAGUACUGCCGCUUCCAGAAAUGCCUCUCGCUGGGCAUGUCCCACAACGCGAUCCGCUUCGGCCGCAUGCCGGAGGCAGAGAAGAGGAAGCUGGUGGCGGGGCUGACGGCGAGCGAGAUCAGCUGCCAGAACCCGCAGGUGGCCGACCUCAAAGCUUUCUCCAAGCACAUCUACAACGCCUACCUGAAAAACUUCAACAUGACCAAAAAGAAGGCGAGAGGUAUCUUGACCGGGAAGGCCAGCAGCACCCCACCUUUUGUGAUCCAUGACAUGGACACCUUGUGGCAGGCGGAAAAGGGACUGGUGUGGAAGCAGCUAGUGAACGGCAUUCCCCCCUACAAGGAGAUCGGGGUGCACGUCUUCUACCGCUGCCAGUGCACCACGGUGGAGACUGUGCGGGAGCUCACCGAGUUCGCCAAGAGCAUCCCCAGCUUCAUAGGCCUCUACUUGAACGACCAAGUGACUCUGCUGAAGUACGGGGUGCACGAGGCCAUCUUCGCCAUGCUGGCCUCCAUCAUGAACAAGGACGGGCUGUUGGUGGCCAACGGGAACGGCUUCGUGACCCGCGAGUUCCUGCGUAGCCUGCGCAAGCCCUUCAACGAGAUCAUGGAGCCCAAAUUUGAGUUUGCCGUGAAAUUCAACGCGCUGGAGCUGGACGACAGUGACCUGUCUCUGUUUGUGGCCGCCAUUAUCCUGUGCGGAGACCGUCCUGGCCUGAUGAACGUGAAGCAGGUGGAGGAGAUCCAGGACAACAUCCUGCAAGCGCUGGAGUUUCACCUGCAGUCCAACCACCCGGAUGCCCAGUACCUCUUCCCCAAGCUGCUGCAGAAGAUGGCUGACCUGCGGCAGCUGGUGACGGAGCACGCCCAGCUGGUGCAGAAGAUCAAGAAGACGGAGACAGAGACAUCUCUGCACCCGCUUCUACAGGAGAUCUACAAGGACAUGUACUAA